GGGAGGCGAGCUCAAAUUUCACCUGUCUUUCCUCAAUUACAUCGCCACACUACCAUCGCCUACUCCUGCUGCUGACGAUGCGAUGUUGUUUGGCUUCCUGAAGCGGGAAGUGUGGCUGCAUUUCCCGUUCCAGGAUCUGGUUUUCUGGUAUCGCUACUUGCUGCUGUGGGUGACCCGCCCGUCGUAUCGCAAGGCGAAAUGGCACGUCUUCUUCAAUGGGUGGUGGCUGAUGAUGCUCAUCCGGCACAUAGGCGAAACACUGGGACUCAUAUCGCGCCCCAAAGCAGCUGCCCUGCGUGAGCAACUCGAGAGAUGCGACGAGAAAGUCCAAGGUACACUAGCACUGAUGCACCAUGCAUGGUGACGCCAGGGUGGCUUUGGUGUGGAUGGAUGUGAUUAGAGCUGGGCCGCCCCAAGCUUCACACAACCAUCAACGCAAAGGUACAAUGCUGACCAUGCAGCGUUGGGUGUGUGUGUGGUCGUGCGUGCAGGGGCUGCACCUUCAGCGCUUCAGCUACGAAGUCAAGAAGCCUCGCGGGGCUAUCAUAGGUACGGGCCUACCUCUUUGACGAGAGGAAUGGCCGCCACACAGACAGACCGUUGUCCUUUUGUUUGUAUGAUCUGUUGGCCAGCGAUGCACGGUUAUGCGUCACACUUCCGCUUCUGCUUCCUCACACUCCCCGGGCAGAAAUACGAUGGCAGCUGGAUACAGAAGUAACCCACACACCACACCCAACCCCCAAGCCCUGUUUGCACUUGCUGUCUCUAUGUCAUUGGAUCUGAUGUCAUCAAUCAGGUUGAAUUUUGAGGGCUUUAGCGUUUAUGCAUACGACCACCAGGGACACGGCCUAUCGGAUGCCUGGCAGGACGUUCGGUACAGACAAACACAAAAUGAAUGCCAGCAAAAACACGCAGUGGACGGAUUUGGGCUGUGCGUGCCUCUGUGUGUGUGUGUAGGUGCAACUGUGAGUCAUUUGACGACCUGGUCGAUGACGCGGCGGUGGUACUCAAUGACGUCAGAACAACUGUCGGGUGAGCGACACUGUGCUACACGACACACAGAUAGGCGCGCAUCCCUACACCCAUCCACGAGUCCUCCCUCCCUGUCUGCUUGUCCCCGUUUGUUGUCAGUGGUUCGGUGCCGGUGUUCAUGAUGGCGCUGUCGAUGGGAGGCAAUGUCGCCGCCCAGGCGGCUGCUGGCGCGGCCGGGCGAAUGCUCGACGGCAUCGUACUGGUCAGAUUGGCAUCAUAGACAUAGACGUAUACGCUCGUAUGGCUUCGCAUGUAUUUGGUCUGCUCCUUGUGCAGUUAUCGCCGAUGCUGGACAUGACGAUCAUGAAGGCGGCCAACCGGCCCUUCAUGCCCCUGCUGCCCAUCGCCAGCCGCAUCGCCCCCCACCUGGCCAUAGGAAGCAGACCGGUGAGUAAAUGUACCUGGACAGACAGUCAAUCUGUGUAUCAAUGUGCCAGGUGCACAUAGAUGAGGUGCACGUAGAGAUUGUUCUGGACCCGCUAUUCUACACAGGACUGUAAGACAGCUACAUACAAAGACCACGCCACACCACAGACAGAUGGAGAUGUGUGUAUCUCUUCUGUGGCAUGCACACGUGCAGGAGCCGUGCCCGCAUUGGGUUGGAAGUGAUGCUGGCCGUAGACAGCGCGAUGAGCAAGGCGUCGUCGAUCCGGUGUCCGGUGCUGCUGGUGCACUCCCACAAAGACGGCAUCGUCGCCCCAGACGGAUCCAAGACGUUUCUCCAGAAAGUCUCAUCCGAGGUGGGCGAAUGACGUGCACGUAAAUGGGCCUGAUCUAUGGGAUGUGUGUCUGCCCUGCCUCUCUCGUGUCAUCAGAAAGCCGACUUCGUGGUGGCGGACGAGAUGUAUCACCAUUUGCCGAAUGAAAAGGGCAACGAGAAGGUCAGCAACUGAGACAGAACAGGAUGUGCAUCGGGUCAGGGAGCCGUGUAUGUGUACCUGUGUGUAUGUGUUUGUAUCAGACCUACGAGCAUGUGCUCCAUUUCCUGCUGGCCCACACCCCGCCAAGAGACACCACAUAGAUAGACAGAUCGAUAGAAAGAUAGACAGACAGACAGAUCGACCCACACAUGCACAUACCUAGUUGUAUAGAAUGUCUCGCCCGUCCGCCCGACUGUCUGCCCGCCCGACACGAUUGACCUGUCAUGUACAUAUCGACUGAGUGUUAAUGCUCAUGCGGCAGCAAGAUGCAUGGAUGGAUAAUUUUUCCGUUGUGCUCGACCCUUCGGUGAGCGUCUGUCUGUGUGUGUAGUCCACGUGUGUAUACGUAUGUGUGUGCUUUUGUGUGUGGUAUUGUCGGAAUCGUGGCUUGCUCGUGGCUCGCUCACGAUUCGAUUGCUUGGUCGAUACCGACCGCAACAAAACCUUUUACCGCACCAUCCGACAGUAGGACGUACAGGGAAAGGGGAGGGAAGAAAAAGUCGAAUCCUGGGCACACAUUCGGUAUGAAAGCCGCUGUUCUGUGUCCACGUGUGUACGCUUUCAUGAGCUUUCAUUGACAUAACAGAUCGGGAAUGCGUCUACGCAGCUCAACUGCAUUUCAUGCU